AUGCGCCUUUUCUGGCAACGGUGGCGAUUACGCAUGUAUUGCCUCCCCUCCUCCCUCACUGCAAGGCACUGUUCCUUCUUUCACCUUUUUCUGGCAGCAGUGGCGAUUACGCAUCGUAAUAGUGCCUCUGCCUCCCUCCCUCACACUGCAAGCACUGUUCAUCCUUUCACCUUUCUAGCAACCGUGGAGUACAUCGUAAUAGUGUUCACCUCUGCCUCCCCUCCUCACACUGCAAGCUUUUGUUCUUCUUUCACCUUUUCUGGCAGCAGUGGCGAUUGCGCAUCAUGUGCAGCAGUGGCAGAGGUACGUGUAAGUAUUCACUGCCUCCCUCCCCUCACACUGCAAGGCACUGUUCAUCUAUUUCACCUUUUUUUUAGCAGCAGUGGCGACCUCCUCCCUCACACUGCAGGCGCUGUUCAUCGAUUUCACCUUUUGCUGACCGUGGAAUUACGCAUCAUGUGGUGUUCUCUGCCUCCCUCCCUCACACUGCAGGCACUGUUCAUCUAUUUCACCUUUUCUGGCAGCAGUGGAGAUUAUGCAUCCAGCAGUGGAAUUGCAUCAAUAGUGUUCCUCUGCCUCCCUCCCUCACACUGCAGGCACAUUCAACUGGCUUCCACCUUUUUUUGUAGCAGUGGCAUUACGCAUCAUGUGGUAUUCCUCACUCCCUACACUGCAAGACACUGUUCUUCUUUUUUUGUGAGCGCGGUACGCAUCAGCAGUAUUUCACCUCACCUCCCUCCCCUCACACUGCAUUUUAUUCAACUUCUUCACCUUUUUUUGCUUGGCAGUGGCGAUUACGCAUCGUAA